UUCGGUGUAUGUUGCAUAUCGUCCAUCGGAAUAAUAGGCUAUGUGCAUUACAAGCAGGCUUAUGACAGGGAGCAGCUGCACCUCGGUGUGAUACGCGACAUCGAGCGACGUGAGCGCCGAAAGGCAGAAAAUGUCUACAUUCUGCAGCAGCAGGCCGAGCUAGCAAAGGAACUGCGCAGAGGAGAAUUACUACGAGAGAACGAUACGUAACAAUUGUUACGCCUGCCUAUUAGUCUUGUAACUUGAGAAUUUUCAUAAGGAGUAAAAGAAGAACAUAUAUGAAGUAUUCCGCUCGGUCGUUUCACUCCAUUUUGUAUGCGCGUCGAGAACCCGUUGGAGCGUCCUUCUCUUGAGUAGAUUUAUAGCUUUUACGUGAUCGUUAUGGCCACGGACGAAUCAGUGGAUCAACCAGAGUUGUCUUGCCUAGAGGAGAGUCUCAUGAGUCUAGAGAAAUUGGAUAGAGCAUCUCCCGAUCUAUGGCCUGAGCAGAUUCCAGGUGUACAUGAGUUUGUUGCUCAAAAUUCACCGCAGACAGAACCAUGUUUUUGGGCUGCGAUGUCGCAGGAUGACAUAAGCCAUGUGCAUCAACUGGGUAAUUUGUCAAUGACCGGGCUUAUCUCGGAAGUGAAAAGACUGCACGAUUUAGCUUAUCAGCUGGGUCUAGAAGAGGCUAAGGAAAUGACACGCGGCAAAUAUUUAAAUAUAUUUAAACAUAAAUAACUUAUCUUAGAUUUGAAAAAAAAUAAAACUCAUGAAAAUGCAAUAAUCGGUAUUUAAAAAAAAAACGUUUUGGGACGUUUUUAUAUUUUUGCAACCUUAAGAAUUUUCUAAGAUCCAUCUUGUAUAUGUCUGUACAUUUACAAAUACAGAUGGAAAAAUGGUGCUUGAGUCACAACUAGACCCAAAUGAUAGGAUUCCAACCUGAUUAAAAAAAAAAAUGUAAAACAUAAAUAUGUGAACUACAUCUGUAGUAUAUGUAAAUAUUUAUGUUGAUAACAUACCAGGAAAUAUGUGUCCGCAUAUUUGUAUAACAGAGGACUACCGCUGUAACCUGAGCAAGGUUCACAGUUUCCUUUGGCGCAUAAUUCGACAGAUAGAGCUUGGCUUAAAUAGUCCGAGCACUGCUGCUUAGGUACGAGUUCUAGUUGUAAUGACUGUUGCGUCAGUGGUUGCGCUGGAUUACAGGGUUACAGCACUUGAACGUUACAUAAACACAGCUUACAGUUUUAUGCUUUA